CAUGCUGUUUUUCACCCAGGUGGGGGCAUGUACGGCAUACCCACAGAACCACCGCUGCAGAGAAAGAAGAAGCCCAUCCCUCUCACAACCACAGCCACCACUAAAUACAUCAAUGGAGAGUAUGAGUCGUCAGGGCAGCGGGUAGAAGACGAGUACACGCUGAUAGGUGAUCAGACCAAGUUUGGUCAAAGCAUUAAGUACAGGAACUUGAAAAAUGAUCGACGAAAGGCCUUGGCCAAGACUUUCAAUGUUGGAGGAAAAAGACAAGCUGCCAGACUUAAAAAUGGCACCAGUUCAGACGAGCCUGGGCCAGCCCCAGCACCCAAGGUCAAUGUUGACACAGGGAAACCAAGGGUGCCACCUGCUCCAGCAAUAAAAUCUGCACCACCACCGCCGCCACCCACGAAAUCCAAACCCCCACCACCGCAAAGACCGCCCCCACCAAAAGUCCAGAUUGAUACUGGAAAGAAAGAGCCACUGAGGGAAAGGAGGGAAGGAAUGAUGAACGAAUUUGUGCAGACUGAUAUGGAGAAAGGGGUUGCUGAUUCUGGACAGGAGGUUCCUCCGGAUUAUGCCAUGAAGUACAGAGCAGGGGUACCGCCACCCAGGCCGAAGAACCCAAAGAGGGUCUCUGAAUACCAGAAAGAGUUCAGCUGGAAGAAACCUGUGGAGUCUGUGCCAUUACUGCAAGCUGAACAGGUUGUAUACAACAGUAGUAUGGAUCUUCCCCCUUACAAGAGUGAUAACAUUCCACGCACAACAGAAUACAACAACCAGUUCAAACCCUGGACAGACUUUUACAAACCAGUGGAACCAAAGAAGAGUGAGAAUGGACCGGAGGGAGGAAGAAAGAAACACAAGAUGAAGAGAAGUAAAAGUGAAGCAGAACUCCGGUUAAGUCCUGACAAGCGUCCUCCUGCUGGGAUUCACCAGGUCACCUCUCCUGAUGACAAGAGACUGGUCAAAGAGUCACUCAACCCACAGAGGAUAUUUUUCCCACAUGGAAAAUACAGAAAUUAUCGUUCAGAGUACCACAGCAAUUUCAGGCCCCCAUGGAAAUAUACCUAUGAGGAUGGAGCCUGGAGAGGCGCUAACCCUCCUCAUAUCAUGCCAGUAAAGGAAAACGAAUCGGACGCAGAGGCCGGACAGCAACCUCCUCCCCCCUCCCCUGGCGCCAACUGGUUUGCUGAGGUCGUAGAACUGAGGAAGAAGGCGGAGGAGUACAGGAAGAGAGCGCAGGGAACACAUUUCUCCAGGGAACACCUAGCACAAUUGCUGGCCCAGCAGGCAGAGCUGUGGGAUCAGGUCAGCGAGAGCAGCACCCUGUCUGCACUGUCUCUGGAACAGCCAGCUAAGAAGCACAGGAGAAAAGAAAACAAAGAGAAUGAGCAACCUCGAGAGUCCAAGAGAGCUGCUCGACCUCCCCCACCUCAGGGAUCUGAACCAGUCAGAAGAAAAUUAGCGUGGGAGAAGAGUGAAGAAGAUGAGAGAGCUUCAGGAAUUGGGUCAAUAGCAAGUCCAGAGGGUACGCUAACGUCAGGCUCAAUGUCUGACAAUGAAGGUACCCUUGGGGCAGACGAUGAUGAUGAUGAAGGUAGAAUUCCUACUCCACGGCUCAGAGUGGAACAGGUUCAGAGACAAUCUAAUGUACAACGACAUCACUUGGAUCGCACAACACCCGCAGUGGGCGGGGCACUCCUGACCUCGCCUCCUCCUAGAAAGAGAACUCCAAGAAAAACACCCCCACAAAGUCAAAAGUCACAGCCUCAAUCUCAACCCAGCAGGGGUCGCCGUGUCAGCAGUAGCACCAGCAGCAGCAGUACAAUGUCCAACCAACCUCCACGGAAGGAAGGAGUAAGUUGUUCGUGUGGCGCUAGUACUAGUCGUGUGUUACCACCUUCUUCCUCUUCCUCUUCCAAGCCGCAUUCUGUUCCUAUUAUUUCUGCCGAUGCUUCUCACCCUCGACAUACAGCUGCUUGCUCUCAGAGAAAUGUCCCAUUGCUGCCACCGCAGAGUGAUGUGCACCACACUGCUGAAACCAGCAAUAAUGUAACUGGUGGUCAUGAUGCCUCAGUCCAGGUCAGGCACCAUAGUUAUGAAACCCAGUCUCCGACCAAGAACAAACCAAGACGCUGCAGCUGUGGCGUGAGCGAUGACGAGGGGAUGGUCAGUACAGUGGACGAGACCGGUCAAAGGGACCAGGAAUGUCAACAUGAUGCCAUUACUGACCAACACACAGGCAACAAGCACCCUAAAACAUCUUCUGAAAAUGUGACCGCUAACCAAGUGACCUGUGGGAAGUCGUGUUCCAAGACCACCACAGAGAGUGCCUAUUAUUCCUAUCCAACCAGUGGGAGCAGGACAACAACCCUAGCAUCCAGUCAGGGGCCAUCUCAUCAGGCAUCUCAGUCAGCUGAUGCAGAUGAUAAAGACAGAGGGGUGGUCUCGGGUGAAAAGAGAGCUCAUGAACAACAGCUAAAGGAUGCCCCAACAAGAAGGACAACUUCUGCACCCGUUUCUGCCAGCCAAAGAAAUCAAGAGCAUGGGUGCAUUAAUGUCCCGCAUAGCCAUAGUGUACCAACUUUUGUCACUGCAACUGCUUCUGCAUCACAUUCAGCUCGCGAUACAGUGUACAGCUUACUGCACAGCUACCCAUCAUCCACAGAGCAGGCUAGCAGUCAAGCUGUUGCAGGAUCAUCCACUAUCAGAACUGGAUGGUCAAGCAGUCAAACUACUUCAGCCCCCUCUGCCGCCUCAAUGCCUUCUGUGUAUACUAACCAGAGUGCUGUGUCUUUGCCUCAUAAAAGUCUAAGUGUGCCACUGUCCACCCUCCCUGCUUCCUCUCAAGGCUCUUGUAUCCAGCCGCCAGCUGUUAAUGGCUCCUCUCCCACCUUUGGUAUGCCAACCCGAGACAGCCACAUGCUUAUUGACGACAGUGUCAGCUACGAUAGAGGCAUGGAGACCAAAUAUGUUCACAGUCCACAACCAAGCAAAGCCAGAAGAGAUCGCCCCAACUCUGGAUCCAUGCAUGGGCGUCCCAUGACAGCCAUGCCUCAGAAACGUCAGCCUCAGCAGCCGCCAAACUACCCGUCCCCUAUCCCUGAACAGAUGGGGAAGACAUAUGUCAAACCAACUCUAGAAGCACUGAAAGCACAAGAAAGACUGGGUGAAUGGAAAAAACAAGAUGAUGAUACUUUAUCCACUUCAACAAGAUCUCUGGCAUCAAGCUGCUCUCUAGCAUCUGAAGUACUAGAAAGGGCUCGGAGCAGACGUGAUGAGUUUUGGGGAAAGCAACCUGGAGAAACUGGCAAGGAAAACCGAGCCCGCUAACUGUUUAAUCCCUAAAAUAUGGGGAACUGAAUUUAAGAGCAAAUACCUUUUUAAAAGUUUUUUUAGUUAAAUUAUUAGGCACAGUGGUUUCUUGAUUGUGAAAUUACAAUAUGAAAUACAUGAAAACGAAUGUAUUAUGAUCAAAAUCACUAUAAGUUUGUUUUUCUAGACAUCAUUUUAAAUAGAUUUAUAAAUUAGAUAAUCAAUUGAUGAAAAUAUCAAGGGUAGAUUACCUAUGUAAAAAUUAAACCAUUGCAAAUGUCUAUUGUUAUACGCAGAUUCUCUGGCAUUUUAAAAAAUAUUAGUGAAUGGACACAUUUUUAUUGACCUAGUUUUGGGGUAAGGUCAUGGGUUGAAGCUCCAUGGUUAUUUGUAACCUUUUUAAACAUCAUCAAGAGUAAUUUUUUCUCCACUUUGAACUUUAUUGUUCUUGAUGGUUUCCAUCUAAGGUGUCUGCUGUUGAAUUUUUACUGCAGUAUGAUAGCAUGAUUUAUUUACAAUAAAUCAGUUUUUUUUUAACAUUUUCUCCUUCAUUUUGAGCUCAUAGAAAUUUAACCAAUCUGCAUGAAGUGCGUCUUUUACCGAUGUAAAAUUUGUAAAUAUUCUUAUGAUGCAGAAUUAAUACUUUGUCAUAUAGUUUCAGUCUUAGACUGUGAUAUUUUACAGAUUGUUAGUUAUUUUACUUUCAAAUGUCAGUGAUUUCAUCAUAACAUUAUACAAUAAUAGAUUACCACUUACAGGUUAAAUAAUUAAUGUGUUGCAUGGGAUUUAUCUGCGUGCUUCAUUUUUUAAAUUAUUUUGUAUGUGUUUCUAUUUAUUUCAGACUACAUUUGCUUCGUCUGGGUUUUCAUCUUAGGUUUUGAACGUUAUUUCAGAUUUCUGAUCUGUCCGUUUAUGUUAUCAUAUUACCAAAUAAAUGAACAUGGGUGUAAAAUAAUUAUAUACUUUGAAAAAAAUGCUUUGUUAAUGUUAUACUUCAUAAUUGUAA